AUGGCAACACAAGAUGCUCACAUGGCAACUGAAGAUUGUUGCAGUUCAACAGUAACCAUAACCGAAACGGAUCAGCCUGUUCGUCCACAUUCACCAACGCUUAUACUCGAAUUACAUCGUCCAAUUGAAACAGGUCCACGAGUUCGUUGGUCCGAAGGCACUGUCGAUAAUGAAUACAUGAAUAAAAAGAAAUCCAAAUGUUGUUGUAUCUAUACGAAACCACACGAUCCGCAAUCGCACGAUGAUAAAACAACUGAAGUAGAUGAAUAUGAUAAUUGUCAACAUUGUCGUUUUCAUACUGAAUCGGAUUUCGCUGCUAAACCGGACGAUCGUCAGCCUAAAAUAAAAGUAGUUAUCGGUAAACCUAACUAA